AGCCGCACGUCGAGUUUGUCGGCACCUUCAACACCCAGCACAAGCGCAGCAUGACGCUCGCCGAUCGCGCCAAGCAGGUUGCUGCCGAGUUUGACUUUAGCGACGAUGCCCUCAACAAGGCUGUCAGCGAGUUCAUCCGCGAGAUGGACGAGGGUCUCGAGAAGAAGGGCACUGAAAUGAGCCAAAUCCCCUCUUACGUCACCGCGGUACCCAACGGUACGGAAAAGGGCCUCUACAUGGCCGUCGACCUGGGCGGCACCAACUUCCGCGUCUGCUCCAUCAAGCUCCAUGGCAACACCACCUUCUCCAUUACCCAGAGCAAAGUCGCCAUUCCCCGCGAGCUCAUGGUCGCCAAGACGUCCAAGGAACUCUUCUCCUUCCUCGCCAAACAGAUCGAGGCCUUCCUCAAGGCCCACCACGAAGAACACUAUGCAGGAACCCUCAGGCGCAGACAGGGCCAGGCAGGCGAGCCCGAGGACGAGGAGAUCUUUAACCUGGGCUUCACCUUUUCCUUCCCCGUGCAGCAGAUCGGCAUCAACAAGGGCCUGCUAAUGCGCUGGACAAAGGGCUUUGACAUUGAGGACGCUGUUGGCAAGGAUGUAUGCGCCCUGCUCCAAGCAGAGAUUGACGAGCUGCACCUCCCUGUCAAGGUGGCCGCCUUGGUCAACGACACGGUCGGCACGCUCAUGGCACGCUCAUACACGUCUCCUGGCAAGACCGGCACCCUACUCGGGGCCAUCUUUGGAACCGGUACCAACGGUGCCUACGUUGAGAAGCUCGACAAGGUCACCAAGCUCACAAACGACCAAGACGUCAGUGGAUACGACAAGUCUACAGGAGAAAUGAUUGUCAACACCGAAUGGGGCUCGUUUGACAACUCGCUCCGCACCCUGCCCAACAACCCAUACGAUAUUGAGCUCGACAAGAACUCGGUCAACCCGGGUAUCCAGAUGUUUGAGAAGCGUGUGUCGGGCAUGUUCCUGGGUGAGCUUCUACGUCUUGCUCUGCUCAAGCUCAUCAAGGACCCCCAGGUCCCACUCUUCACCGACGACAACUCGUCGUCGAACGAUAUCCAUAGCACCACACAGAUUCACGAUGGCAGCCCCAUAUGGAAGCAGUGGGGUAUCGACACUAGCUUCCUCAGUGUGUGCGCUGGUGACCACAGCCCUGGCCUGCGCAUGUUGAGACAGACGCUUGAUAAGGAGUACGACAUUUCUGCCGUCAGCGCUGAAGACGCAGAGGCCGUCCGCAAAAUCGCCGGAGCCAUUGGUCGCCGUGCAGCCCGUCUCGCUGCCGUGGCCAUUGCCGGUAUCGUUAUCAACACUGGCCGUCUGGGUAAGCCCACAGCAGCAGCCACCACGGAGCACAAGGCGGGUGUUGAGCCCCCGCGCGGCGAUGCCGGCGCUGAGCAGGGUGAUGAGAUUGACAUUGGUGUCGAUGGCUCCCUGGUAGAGUUUUACCCCAACUUUGAAGACUACAUCCGUGAGGCUCUGCGCGCCGUGCCUAAAAUUGGCACCGAGGGCGAGAAGAGAAUCAGAAUUGGCAUCGCAAAGGAUGGAUCUGGUGUUGGUGCCGCGCUGAUUGCGCUUGUUGCUGGAAAGGUUGGCUCCCCGCAGUAAAGCAAUUUGCUGGCGAGGUUGAACCACCGUCCCCCCUCCCCCCCCAUUCAACUCAAGACUGUGAUGACUUGAUAUGAUUGACAAAUGUUGUAUAUAUGGUUGGAUUUUGUUUUUCGUAUCCCUGAAGGCACGUGCGUGUCUUCUAGGAGAGAAGAAUUCAUCACCUUCCAUUUUAUUUUAUUUCCAAGAUUAGAAAUUUACUAGAAU